GGUAGCUGCUAACGAGAAUUCGGCCAUCGGGCGUCCGUCCUGUACAUGGUGUUUAGUCCUUUGCUUUAAGGGUUUAGCACAUACAUUUGUACGUGUAUGUUUCCCCAACAACAACCAGGGCGAGUGGUUCUGCCAGCUUGAAUUUUGGGUGUGCGUGGCUGAGCGGCCGUGGUGUUGUUGCAACGAUCACUAGUGUCGUCUUCAACAGAAAUUUGGCGUUUGACGGGAAUUUGCGAAGGAGAACGUGCAUUGUCCAUGACAGCGUCUGUUUGUUGGACAAAGCGGCUCGGCCGACCUAUCAACAAAGUCGCUGUUAUCUCACGCAUGCUCAGAUUGAGCUAGACCUACUCGGUCAGUAGGGAAGCUAUGAGUGUGUGCCUGCAUCCAGGACGACGCCCCACGUUCGUGAACAGUUGCAAUGGCUGGUAAAAAAUACAGGGAUGAUGUAUAUGCUCAAAGACAAGGUCUGGCUGCCUCUGAUGAGAACAUGCGAGCUGCAUUGAUGAAAACGAAACAAGAAGAUGAAACACGAUUCCAUUUGUCGACGGCGGAGGCGUCCAGUGGUGCGAUGAAGGUAAAUCCCCAAGGAUUUGAACGAAAAGAGAGAAAAAAAGAAUAUAUGAGUGAAAUGGGGAUGGCGGGAGGGGCGCGUGUCGCCCUGGAGCGUGUGGCUGGAAUGAAAGCGAAGGAAAUUGGAUCGUGGCGUACGCCGAAGGAGACGCAGUUAGAGAAAGGGACGAUGGUGCAUGUUGAGCCUUUUGCAACGUGGUGGCACGAGAGUCAUGCCUCAUCAUCAUUACCACGUUACCGCAAGGGGGCCGUUGGUGGUGUAGGAGAGGUGGUGGGGAAGGUGAACUCUCCAGAUGAUUCUGUGUUUUCUAGUGCUAAGAGUAAUAGAGAAGAUACAGCAGGUGGUCGGUAUAGAUUAGUGGCUGGUAGUGGUAGUGGAUUUGGUGAUACAUCUAGUAGGUUAGUGUACAAGAGAGAGGAUGAACAACAAAGUGUAUUAAGUUUGGCUGCCAAACAGAAUACUUUACAGACAUCUAGCGAAUCAGCAGAAGCAAUAGAACCUGUAACUUCAUUGAUGCAUGAGUGUACCUUGACUGACUAUCAGAAAGCUGUAUACAAGCAACGAUAUGGACUACAAUCCAGUAGUUCUUCAAAAGGCUUGCAAGCAGGUUUGUAUUCUGCAAAGGCAGAAGAGAAAUCAACAGUAGGACCUGUUGCAGGUGCUGAUAAUUUGUCUAGGAAAAGGGAAACUCUCCGUGUAUUACAACAGAAAGGACUUCCUGAUCUUGUCGAAGGAGAUCUGAAGAUGCUGACUCAUAAGGAGCUCAUUGAUCAAUGCCAUGUAAGAGAUUAUCAAAAGCUGCAGUCAGAAUUACAUGAACAAGAAAUGGGCACUAGAAUAGAUGAAGUAGAAAACGAAUGGCAGGAAGAAAGGCGUAGACGAAUAGAAGCAGAGAAGAAAGUGUGCAAGUUGGAAGAAGAGAACAAGAUGCUAAGAGCACGAUUGCCAGCUGACAAUUUGGAUGCUCUGCCUGAACAGGACUUUACAAGAAUGGCAGUAGUUGCCCAACCGAAUGCAGAUGGAUCUGUAAGUGAUGAUGACAGUGAAGAUAUGCAAGAGUGGAGGAAGCGGAAAGAGGACUUUCAAGGAGUCAGAGAAGAACACGUCUCUGAGGUUUUUCCACCUGGAAACCUUCAGAUGCCUGGUGAAAGCAUGGUGGAGCUAAAGAGGGCUGAGAACAGUGCUGGUCACCGAAUGACUAGUAGGUCUACAGCACAAUUUCCAGAACUUGUUUAUUUGCAUCCGAAAAUGAUAACCAACCUAAGUAAAGAAAAUAGUGAUUUAAAGGCUGAAAACAGAGAUCUGAAGCAACGUUGUGGGAAUGAGCGAUCUCUUAACCUGGAAAAUGAGGGAGAGCAUCAGAAGGAAAUGAAGGACAUACAAAAGCAGCUGUUGGAGCUUGUGAAUAAAUUGUUUCGUGCUCAGGCAAGUGAGGAAACGACUAAAAUACAAUAGAGGCGCUACUAGGGCUGCUGAGAACACUUAAUAGAGCAAUCCAUGUCAGAGAGUUUAAUGGUUCAAAGAUCAGUGGCAUGCAAGGUCUUGGUGUUGACACCAUUCCAGACAGUGGUUUGUCAUCAUCAGAACAUGUAGCCAAGAACGACAAGAAAUGAUAAAACUGAUUGUGCAUCCAGCAUUGCUGGCAUGUCCAGCCUACGGAGGAGAGUGAAUCAAAGACAAAGGGAUUUGUCAUCUACUGCGCUGAAAACCAACAGUGAGUGACAGUGUAUAGGUACACAACAAUCAAGCAAGCUGUAAAUAGCAGCAGUUCAGCCAUCUAUUAUGCUUGCUGUACAUACAGCCACAGCUGCAGCUAGCGACUGUUCUAUGCUGAUGCAGUAUGCAUGUAUGAGUAUGUAACAAACUGCAUCAUGACAUCAUGGUAUACUAAAUGAUCAGUACAAUAGUUACUAAGUAUGUUUUAUUUUUAUGUUGACAAUGUGCGUAUAUACAUAGUGUUGAGUACAGUGACUGUACAAUUGAGGGCUGCAUGUGUUUGGUCUUGUAUCUGUAAAUUUCUUUACACAUAUCGAAUUGAGUGGUAGUGAACACA